CAAGAAAUGCAGGGAGAAGGAGAGGAGGCUGACUUCCUGACUGCAGUGAGGGGUAACCCUAAUGCUCCUCUGCUACGAGAGAUACUGAGGGCCAAGAAGGAUUUGCUAACUAAGAUGAAUCGCAUGUACAACUCUUUUCUUGGAGACACUCAGCAAUUGUAUAGUGACGAGGUGAGGAGGACUCCUUCUGUUGCAGAGUCUUUAACUACACCACGUCGCCUUUCCCUUCCAUCUCCUGUGUCCACAUCAGCUCAGUCUCUGCAGCAAGACUUUCGCCGGGGCCAGCAUGGGAGCCUUUUUUACUACUUCUAGUACACCCAAUUCCCCUCCCCGCAUACGCACUUGUUUGCUGAAAGAUUACCUUUUGGUGCCAGGUGCUAAAUGGUCUCAUUUGAAGCAGGGAGAUGAAGUGGUGCUGACAGGGAGACUGGAAAGUGGCUGGUUCCGCUGCCUUGCCCACACAGAUGUGGGGGCCACAGAGGAGGGAAUGGACAUCUUUCCUGGCUAUAUCCACAUAUCUGAUGACAACUGCGAUAGUCUACCAGAUACACCAUCUCCACAACUAGAUAGUGCUGACAC